CAAAGUAUUUUCAAUAACUUUUGGGGAAAACGUCUCGUUCAAUACAAACUGUUCCGCAACGUAUCAAACUUUCAAGCGAACUGAACGCACCAUAGGAUGCCUCAAGAGGUGUCAGGUUAGGAGAGGUUUUUGGGCGUAGCCACCUGUACAGGUACAAAUACGGAAGUUCCCAACUACUAGAUUUGACUCAGAUAUCAGUCAACAGCCAAUGCUACCAAAUCAAUAGAUCUGAUUUGACUUCAACAGUCAGCUCAUGGACAUUGCAAUGCAGCGUAACGCAUUUUUUAGGAGCGCAAAAGGACUUCAGUAGGGCACAUAUGGCCGAACAGCUACCCGUAUCGACUACUACUGCACCCAGAGCUUCACCUACUGACAAAAUGUAUUCAGGCGAUUCCAAAGGAACCGUCCAGGGAGGAGGAUUCGGCGAGCGCUCUGUCCCGGGAAGCACGGGGACGUUGAGCCCGAGCGUGGUCAACCAACUCUUGAUGGAAUUUCUGAUGUACUUCGGGAGAGCGCUAUUGGUCUUUUAUCCUGUGUAUUUGACAGGGUACCUCGGACUCAGCGUCAUCUGGAUCCUCUUGUGUAUGAUGCUGAUCAUUUGGUGGAAGAAAAACCGCAAGUGGAAAGAUAUCCGAAUUGGAACGGCUAUGAACUUUCUGGAUAACGAAACACAAGUGAUCCACAACGAGUUGAAAACCUUGAAAAUGGCAACUUGGGUACACUUUCCCGAAGUUGAGAAGGUUGACUGGCUCAACAAGAUUUUGCUGCAGGCGUGGCCGUUCUUUGGCAUGUUCAUGGAGAAGCUCCUCAAAGAGAAGAUCCAGCCAUCCAUCAGAUUGUCCAGCCCAUACCUCAAAACAUUCACCUUCACAAAAGUCCACUUUGGUCAUACACCCCUCCGAAUCACUGGACUUAAAGUGUACACCCAUGAAGUGGACAAGAGGCAGGUGGUUAUGGAUCUGCACAUAAGUUACGAUGGGGAUGUGGACAUUGACACAGAGGUGAAGCCGCCCAUCACUGCUGGGGUCAAAAGUAUUCGGCUUCAAGGCAUGUUGCGUGUCAUUCUGGAACCUCUGAUUGGAAAUGCCCCGUUGGUGGGAGGAGUCACUAUGUUCUUCAUUCGUCGGCCGACCCUACAAAUCAACUGGACAGGGUUGACCAACCUCCUAGACACUCCAGGUCUAAGUCACCUGUCUGAGCCAGCCAUCAUGGACAUCAUCGCUUCCCUUAUGGUCCUGCCCAACCGCAUGUGUAUCCCCCUCAUAGACCAGGUCAAAGUGGACCAGAUGAGGUUCCCCCUGCCUCAUGGAGUUGUGAGGGUACACUUGCUGGAGGCCCGGGAUCUGAUAGCAAAGGACACUUAUAUGAUGGGAAUGGUGAAGGGCAAGUCUGACCCCUACGCGGUGCUUAGGGUCGGCAAUAUCCACUUCCAAAGCAAGACCAUCCAGGAGAACCUGCACCCACGCUGGAACGAGGUUUAUGAGUUUGUGGUACACGAGGCCCCUGGGCAGGAGUUAGAGGUGGAUGUGUUUGACGAGGACACUGACAAGGAUGACAUCCUGGGAAAGUUUCGCCUGGACUUUGGAGAAGUGAAGAAGGAAAAAGAGAUGGAUAAGUGGUUCCCCCUGGAUGAUGUCUCGAGUGGAGAGGUUCAUCUCAAACUGCAGUGGCUCUCUCUACAAACUGACCCGGGACUCCUUGUGGAGACAUCUGAUGGCUGUGCUUGUGCUAUGCUUGCUGUGUACCUAGACAAUGCCUCAAAUCUACCAAAAGACCACAGUGAGUUCAGCCACUUUAAAAAGGAUGGGAAGCACACCAAAGAUGCCAAGUUCACAAGAAGACACAACAAUCCAAACUCUUAUGUGGAGUUCUCCAUUGAUGAACAGAAUCAGAAAAGCAAGGUGGUGUUUGCAUCCAAAGACCCUGUGUGGGAGGAGUGCUUUACCUUCUUUGUGCACAGCAUAACAAACCAGCGACUGAAUAUUCAGGUAUACAACCCUCAUGAUAAAGUCAAAGAGCACGAUAAGAAGACGUUACUAGGCACACUCAAUGUGCCUCUCAGCCGGCUCCUCAACACGUCAGAUAUGACCUUGGACCAGCGCUUCCUGCUGGAGCGCUCUGGGGCCAACAGCCAGAUCAAGAUGAAGGCCACUCUCAGGAUUCUGACCCUGGAGAAACCAGAACCAAAGGUCAUUCUCAAACCUCCACCUCAGCCCCAGCCCUUACAAAACCCACCCACCACAUCUCCUACUCCUUCUCCCUCCCCGCUCCCCUCCUCUUACGCCACCCCUACUGCAGCAGCUCUAGACAGUUCCACCAAUGGAACUGGAGAUUACGUGCGCGACCGCCACGGGUCUUUCCUGGCCGCCGAUGGCCGGAGGACAGUCCCUUCCACCCCAGCACACAUUCGGCGCUUCGACUCCCAAAGCCUCCUGUCGGAGAACUCCAUCGCCUCAUCCCGUUUUGACCUGACUGAAGGAGCCCCCUAUCCUGACUACAUCAUGAACCACCAGGGGACCUUUGGGGAGAUACAGCUGACCGUGCGCUAUGUCACCCUGAGGAGCCGUCUCAUCAUCCUUGUCAACUCCUGCAGGAACCUGUUCGCCUGCAGCAAGGACGGCUCAGAUGCUUACGUCCGCCUUUACCUCCUCCCCGACCAGUCCUGGAAGCAUCGCAUGAGAACACAGGUGAAGAAGAAGACAGUGACUCCUGUCUUCAAUGAGAAGUUUGAGUUUGACAUGUCCCUAGAGGAAGCGGGGACUAGGAAGCUGGAUGUGGCGGUCAAAAACAACCGGAUGUUCCACACGCGGGAGAGGAAGGAAAUUGGAAUGGUACAAAUAGAUCUUUCUCAGAUGGACCUGGUAAAAGGCUUCACAGAAUGGUAUGAACUCACUCUACCCAGACUGAAGAAAACCGUCUAGAGGGAAGACCAUUACUCCUCAGCCACAUCAAUGGGUGCAGCGUGUGUGUAGUUCUCAAUAAAAAGAUAACUGCAGUGGAUAUAGCCACUUUGAAUCCUCCCAACCUCAUAUAUAUAUAUAUAUACACUGACUGUAAGGAAACAAAACCAGUGUCUCUACAGUAUCAACUUCUAUGCUCAUUCCUCUCAGGGUCUGAAUUGUCCUGUGAUUCACACCAAAGGUCAAAGGCACAAUUCAUUUGCUAUUAAAAUAGUUACUUUUACUUAUUGGAAGUCGAAAUGCCCAACUUGCACAUACUAUGUUACUACUCUUUAUAUAAAUGUAGAUGUCAAUGUUAUUUUUUUUUUUAAGACAGGCUUGGGGUUUUAAUCUUGUUUGUUAACAUAAAAAAAGUCCCGAACCAAAGCAAUAUAAUCAACUUUUCUAGUGCCUUAUGAAAUUAUUCACUACCUUUGCCCAGUUUCACGUUUGCUUUAAAUUUAAAUAAUUUCCAAAUAAAAAAACAAAGAUGUCUUGA